GUUUAAUUCAAGCUGACGAGUUUUGGGCAGUGAAUUCGACUUGUGUGUGCAUGUGUGUGCGCGCGUGUUUUCAAUGCAAAAAGUGCAUGAUCGUUUCGAAUGCGUCUGCUGGAUAUCUCGUGUUAUCGAGGUGACGAGGAUAGUAGGACAAGAAUCAGGACGCGCGCAGGUUCGCGAAUCGAAGGAAUUCGUCACCACAUACGAACAGCUCGCGAGAAAACGAAUCAAUGAUAAUGAAUGGAAAAAAAUAUUUUGAAAAAAAUAAUUAAUUCGUGAGGGAUAACUGUAUUGACAAAUAUUCUCGAACGCUCACGGAAGCGGCGAUCGUAUUUUCUUGUAUAACUUUCUACUUACACCGAUACUUUCGUCAACAGCUGAUUUGUUAUUAUUAUGGAAACGUUUGAGAGCAUAUGCUCUGUGGGUCAGAAUCUUUAUUAUCGCGAUACAGCCCGAGAUUCGAAACCGCGCGUAACACGCAAAGUAAUUUGUCCGAAAUUGCGUCUGUCGUUCGCUCGUGUUUUCAUUAUUUUUUUCUCUCUUCUUUAAAUAUAACUCACGAACCGAAGUUGAGAUUUUCGAAAACACUACAUUACUUAAAAAUAAGUCACUCCGAUGGGGAUCACAUGGAAUUUAACUACUUAAAGAAUUCGCGGAAGAAUAACGCGUCUCUCGGUCUCUUUCCGUAGUUCGCAUGAGAGGAAUUUUAAUAUUACCUCUGAAAAUGCUUAUAACUCUGCAGAACGCCGGAGACGCACAAUCAUCGAUCGUCGCGAUGCAUGUGCCAGUAGUGGUACUAUACGCGAGCGAGCACGUCGAGCCCCCCACAAGGAAUCGUUAUAGGAACAUAUUACAAUGAAUAAACAGUGAUAGCUUAUGACAGAUACGAGGAAUUUUCAGAAAAUCAAAUUAUUUAUAAGCGAUACAUAACUUUAUAAAACGAAGAGAGAACAGUUGAUAUUUACGUAGAAGAUGUAUUACCAAAAUUCUGGCCCGGGUAUGAAUUACGGUUGGAGCCAGCAUGUCAUCGAAGAGCCAACCUUCGAGCGAAAGCAGGCGAAAAAAGUCGAAUAUCUCGGCGACAGAAGCUCUCAUUCAAAAAGUACCGGCCCGACGCAAGACUUCAAUCAGCUGAGACAGGAAUGCCUCUCGCAAGGAAGGCUCUUCGAAGACCCAGAAUUUCCGGCUAUCGAUUCUUCUAUAUUUUACUCGAAGAGGCCGGACAGAUACAUCGAAUGGAGACGUCCAAUGGAAAUCGCCGACAAUCCUCAAUUAUUUGUCGAGGGUUACUCGAGGUUCGACGUGCAGCAGGGCGAACUAGGCGACUGCUGGUUGCUCGCCGCGGUCGCCAAUCUGACUCUGCAUCCUCACUUGUUCUUCCAAAUUGUACCCGAGGAUCAGAGCUUCGAUGAGAAUUACGCCGGCAUAUUUCAUUUCCGUUUCUGGCAAUACGGACGCUGGGUGGACGUCGUGAUAGACGAUCGCCUGCCGACGUAUCAUGGCAAGCUGCUGUAUCUGCGCUCGGCCGAGGACAACGAGUUCUGGAGCGCCCUGCUAGAGAAGGCCUACGCCAAGCUGCACGGCUCGUACGAGGCGCUUAAAGGCGGUACCACCUGCGAGGCCAUGGAGGACUUCACCGGCGGCGUAACCGAGAUGUACGACAUGGACGAGACGCCGCCGAAUCUCUUCGGCAUCCUGCUCAAGGCCUACGAGAGAAACUCCCUCAUGGGCUGCUCCAUCGAGCCCGAUCCCAGUGUAUUGGAAGCAGAGACGCCUCAAGGUUUGAUAAGAGGACACGCCUACAGUAUCACGUGCGUAAAGCACGUGGAAAUUCAGACGCCCAAUCAGUCGGGAAAAAUUCCCCUGCUGAGAUUGAGAAAUCCAUGGGGAAACGAGGCCGAAUGGAAUGGACCGUGGAGCGACGGAUCGCCGGAGUGGAGAUUUAUACCCGAUCACGAGAAGGAAGCCGUGGGUCUGACGUUCGACGUAGACGGUGAAUUCUGGAUGUCGUUCCAAGAUUUCAAAAAGUACUUCAUGCGCCUGGAAAUUUGUAACUUGAACCCCGAUUCCCUGACCGAGGACGAUCUCGCUCACGGCAAGAAGAAAUGGGAAAUGAAUGUGCACGAGGGCGAGUGGGUGCGAGGUGUCACCGCCGGAGGAUGUAGAAAUUAUUUGGACACGUUCUGGCACAAUCCACAAUAUCGCGUCACUUUGGAGCACCCUGACGAGGGCGACGAUAAAUGUACCGUCAUCGUGGCGCUCAUGCAGAAAAAUCGGCGAGCGCAAAGGCGAAUGGGCGCCGAUUGUCUCACCAUCGGUUUUGCCAUCUAUCACUUGGAAAAUCCGGAUAGAUUACCCAAACCGUUGGAUUACAACUUUUUCAAGUACAACGCCUCGGUGGCACGCUCGCCGUCCUUCAUCAACUUGCGCGAAGUGAGCUGUCGAUUUAAAUUGCGUCCAGGAGUUUAUUGCAUAGUUCCUAGCACAUUCGAUCCGAAUGAGGAAGGAGAAUUUUUACUCAGAAUAUUCUCUGAAAACAAGAGCAACAUGGUAGAAAAUGAUGAUGAAAUUGGAAUCGGCGAAGUAGAUGACAGGGUGAAAAAUCCUACGCAAAAUAACGAUGGCGAUGAUAAUAAGGUACAACCCCAACCAGUUGACCCGAGCGCCGAUGAUAAAGUGCGCGAGUUCUUUAGAAAGCUCGCCGGUGAUGAUAUGGAAGUCGACUGGAAAGAAUUGAAAGAAAUUUUGGAUUAUGCCAUGCGCAAAGAAUUGCCGCCGGCUCGCCGUAGUGAGGCACGUGCCCCCCAAACCCCGCCUGAGGAUGGUAACAUCGUCGAUACACUUAUCUCCCUGCUCUGUGGUAUUAUUUGUAAAGACGAACAGGCCGUUAAGACCGAGGAAGCAGAAAUGCACGGCGAAGGAUUCAGUAAAGAUAUAUGCCGAAGCAUGGUUGCCAUGCUCGAUAAAGAUCAUUCUGGCAAAUUAGGCUUCGAAGAGUUCAAAGAGCUUUGGAGCGACAUCAGAAGCUGGAGAACGGUCUUCCGACUUUACGACAGAGAUGGAUCUGGAUACCUGAGCGCCUUCGAGCUGAGACAGGCACUGAACAGCGCAGGAUAUAGAUUAAACAAUCAUAUUCUUAAUAUUUUGGUUCACAGAUACGGUACAAAAGAAGGAAUGAUUGCUUUUGACGAUUAUAUUAUGUGCGCCGUCAAAUUAAAAACCAUGAUCGAUGCCUUCCGAGAAAGAGAUCCGCAUCAUACUAACAAAGCAACAUUUUCAAUGGAAGAUUGGAUCGAAAUGACUUUGUACUCGUAA